AUGCAAGCCUCCUCACCGUUCUCGUCAUCGAUCUCGACUCCGGCACUUGAUCCACGCGCCACUUCGAACACGCACAAUGCAGCUUUGACCAUCGAUCCAGCCGCCCUCCUGGGGGCAGGCUCCGCCUCACUAUACCCGGCUCAAGCAUCAGUACCAGGCUCGUCGACAUCAGUACUGAACACAACCAGCAGCACGAACGGCAUCGGCAGCAGGAGUCAAAACACCCUCGAUAGGUCCGCCGCCCAAUCAAUAGCAGUCAAGCAAGAGCCCGAAGACGAGAAUGCAUCGUCUCUCGCCGCUUCACAUAAUGUCGCCGGCCUCACAGAGGACGCAGGCGAUGCUCGACUGGGCAGCAGACAACCGUCGACAUCAGUAGGAGCCUAUCGCAACGACAAACCCACGUCACGCGGCUCAGAGCAGCCGGGCAAGGAUCCUCGAUCGGAGGAAAGGCUCAAAGGCGAGCCUGUCACUCUUGUCGACAAGCUUCUACACAGUGAUCACAAAGCAAUCCUCCGGCCUGACCUGUCUCCAUUCACGGAUGCACGAGAUGUUCUUCGCAGAUUGUUGCCAUAUCAUGUCUGGAACAUACCACAUCACGACCUGCUCAAGGCGUUGGACUUGCACGAGGAUCCCGUUCUCAGCCAAGUCAGGUCACGCAAGCGCCGUCGCAUUGCACAGCUCCAUACCAACAAGCCUGCCUCGGCCAGCACAGACCACGGACAGCCAACCGAGGCUUCCACCGACCUUUCUCGGCCCGUCGUCCAGCCGAGCACAGACCAGGAUGAUGAACAGGCGCCUCACACUACCCGAACCGGUCGAGACUCAGCAGACACGGAAGACAAAGAAUACAGCGACUUGAGCGAGCUCGGACUCCCAGUGCCAUUGCCGGAAGUUCCGCAGCCACCCUUCCCCGACCUCGACUUCGCCGAAUCUGCCUUUGCACGCCGUCACGCUCUCGCUUCGCGCUUUCGCCGCACGCUCACUGCACUCGAAACCACUCACAGACGUGCGCCCAGCACAGCACUUUCGCUCGAGCAUCUCGAACGACUAGCAUACAGCGACGAUAGAGAGGAGGUGCUCGCUCAGAUCGAGCAUCUCAAGUCGCUCAAGCUUGAGCUCGAGACGUUGGAGGACAACAGGCAGAUCGAUGCAGCCGAGUCGUCAGCCAAAAUCAACCUUCGCUUUGGCAUCACUGACGAAAUCGAGCGCGAGCGUGAGAGGGAGCGCGAACUGGAGAGAGUCAAGCGCCAACAGGAGAGAGCGGCUGCCAAGGCUGCCAAGCUCGAGAAGGAGCGUGAGGCAAGGCAUCGUAUCGGCAUCUUCACACCGCAACCGGAAACCAUAUCCACGCCCGCUCCACCAUCUCCCACUUCGACAUCAGCCGCCACUCCAGCGCCAUCCACGCUACCCACGGGUGUACCUGCAGCAUCUCUUGCAAUGCCCAGUCCGUAUUCGGGCUUCAGCACACCGGCCAGCACGCCUGCGGCAUAUCCGUUCCCGCCUGGCGCGAAUCUCCCUUAUGCUCCCAACAUGUCCAUGCCUCCACCCGGGCCGAACGCUGCCGCACUUUCUGCGCAGUUUGGUCCACCAAUGAUGUAUGGCUCCGUAUCAGGUACACAACUCGGCUCAGCACCGUCAUUCGCAUCCACAUCUGCGGCGGCACGCCAUCGACUGCGGCAGCAACACCGUCCAAAUCACCUAGCAAAAGCAAAGCCAAGGCGGCGGCGGCAGCAGCGGCAGCUAGCGCGCCAGGAACGCCGGGCACGCCGGGAACGCCAGGCGUCACACCAGGACCAACACCACAUCGAGGCCGAGGAAGGCCGCGCAAGCAUCCCUUACCCGGCACGCCAGGCGGUCCACCCAUCCCGCGGCCGCGCCGGGUCUGCACACAAGGCCCCCGCCAUCUCCGUCUCCUGGUCCGCCGACCAUGCCCGGACCCGCACCAGGCUAUACCGGCGAGAUGUUCUCAUCGACUCUUCCGCCUGCACCUGGAGCUGUGAGACCGCCCCUGGGCUCGCCUUUGGGCAAUGCAGCAUCGCCAAUGUCGGUCCGACCGCCGACCAUGCACCCGACUUUGACCAGCGCGACGAGUCUCAAUACGCCACGAGCUACACCGCCUGCGAACCCUUCGCCUUCGCCUGCUCCUGCUCCUGCUCGUCCGGCUGCUGCGUCCAAGAAGACGCCUGCGAAGGCGAAUGGGACGACGCCGAAGCCAGCCUCACCAGCGGCGGUCACAUCCGCACCAGCGCCUCAGGCCGCACCGGCACCGGCACCCUCGGCAAGCAACGCCAACCCAUCGAUCCCAAAUCAUCCCAUCCCGCUGCUCAUCCCAGUGGCAUCGCUCCCGCGGCUGUCUGCGUUGGGCAUCCAGCCUGUACCGAGUCCUCACAUUCGACCUGUGAUCGGACCCAACGGACAGCCUCAAGGCCUCGAGGGCGCGCCUAUCGCCAUCGAUCCGACCCAGAGCGUGCCUGCUGUGCUGCUGGGCAUCAGCGAGGGAUCUGCCGAGGCGACGGCGGAGGGUGGUGGCAAGCAGCAGAUCCUGCAUAUCUCGGUGGUGUUGAGCAGACUCAGUCCGUCGCAGCUGAGUGGACUGGCCGUAUUGAUGCAGAGUUUGCAGGCUCAAGUCGAGGCGGGUAA